GCAGUAAGGAAUUGCACUGUCGUCCCGCGUGCCAGCCCGCAACAGAUUAUACGACACAGCCGAAGAAUGUAGCAAAGGCUGCAAAGCUUGAGCCAUGCCGGCGCUAACUUGUCACUGUAUUACCGCUUACAAGCAAUACACUGCAAAUACUUCCAUACUCUUUACUUGCACCAACUGGAAGUGAGCGAAGCGAUUCUGUUGUUGACAAAGGCCUUCACUGUGCAAACUGACUUCGGCAGCACCAUACUCUGUAACAAGGUUAGGAUAAGCAUUAACAACGCGAGCGCUGAUUUAACAGGUGCGCGGUGCGCUCUUGUGCUACUGGGUCGCUCAGCGCGGACGCGACUUUCACGAGCAGCAGCGCAGCAGACUGGAGUAAAUGCACAUAUUGUAUUAGUACAGCUGACCGAACUUCCUAGAGAGGCGCGGCGACGCCUCGACAUGGCCUCGGGGAGUGUUGCGCAUACAGCUGGCCAACAUGAAAGCGAAGCAAGGGCAGAUAUCACACUGUGAAUGCUUGACGCGCAACAGCAUCAGUGCGUGCGUUUAAGUUAAGGCGGUCGACCCCGUCAAGGUGGUCGACCCUCCACGCCUUCAGCUCGAGCUCAGCCUCGAGCUCAGCCUCGACACCAGCUGACCAGACCGUGUGACUUGACGUGUUCGGUGACGUGCCACACCUGCAGGUCUGGAGCAAUGAAAACAAGAGCAGCGGUGGUACUCUGUGGACUACUAGCGCUGGCGGCGGCGGGGGCCAGCGCGCAAAGCGCCGGCGCGGCAGGGUUAGGGUUCAGGCCACGGUUUACACGGCUGCUCAAGCAGGACCUCAGCAGUGUGGCCUCCUACCUGAUGCCCACACAGCAACCAGCGCGUUGCAGCAGCGGCGCCUGCUGCCAAGCCGACUCGUACGCCUCACCCUACGGCCUGACCUACGUCAACAGCACACAGCAGCAGUUUGGCGGGCGCACCUAUACCACGUUCUACUACACCUUCCACUCCAACCACGUGUGCGCUACUGACCUGGAUGCCGCCCAGUGCUGCAACGCCUCCGCCGACAACAUCUGGGUGGACGUGGAUCCCACCCUGCGUGUGAAGUACGUUUCAUUCGACGGGCAGCGGCUUAGCAACUCGGAGCAGAGCGAGUUUGGACUGAAGCUGGGCUCCGUCAACCUGCGGGUGGAGCAGGCCGCUGCAGGCAUCCCCCUGGCCGUCACCGUGGAGGGCGCCGCCGACAACCUGUGCCCGCCGCCCGGCCUGGCGCCGUUGCCGGGCCUGUGCGAGCUGGUGGUGCAGGGCGCCACGCCCGCCAACCCCAACGCCUGCUGCCCCGCCACCAUCACCGUGCCGAACCUGGUGACCGGCUUUGUGCCGCCACCCGGCAGCGCCUUCCAGUGCUCGGCCUCCCUGGACGCCUCGCCCUUCCAGCUGGUGUUUGAUGGCGCCACCUCGGCCGGCACCGACCCCGCCGACGGCUCCUCCCGCCUGGUGUCGUACAACUUCCGCCUGGCGGCCACCGCCUCCUGCCGCGCCAACGGUGUGCACGACUGCUGCAGCGCGCAGCUGUCGUACCUGGAUCUCAAGGUGACCAACGGCCUGCCCAUCGCGUCCGUGACGCUGAACGGCCGCGCCGUCAGCUUUUCGACUUCCGGCUUCAACGAGCCCAACACCGCCUCCUACCGCUCGCUGGUGGUGGACAACCUGAACCUGGUGGCCGACGACCUGGGUGCCGUGGGCCUGCCGCUGGCGGUGGUGGUGCGCGUGGCGGCAGGCGCCAGCGAGGCCGCGGACCUGUGCGACCCCAACCCGCCGCCCGGCCGCAGCCCCGCCGGCGGCUGCGCCUACUACCUGCACAGCGAGGACGGCCUGUGCUGCCCCAGCGGCACCGCCGGCCUGACCGACCUGCCCGCGCCGCCCCCGGGCACCUGCAACCCCAAGACGGCCGUGCCCGCUGCCGAGGCGUCCGUGUCGCUGUCUUACUACGAGCGCAGCUGCUCGCCCGCCGCCACCGCCUUCCGCUUCCUGCUGGCCAACCGCAACAGCGGCGCCGGCUCCUGCGGCCGGCCCUACUGCGUGGACGUGUGCAGCUGGUCGCUGUACCUGGACCCCUCAGUGGCCAGCCAGGUGGCUGUGGGCCACGAGCUGGCAGUGAACAACGGCAAGCAGGUCAUCACACCCGGCAACGUCGCCACUGGCACCCCCGCCAGCGUCACCUUCACCUACGGCCCCGCCGGCGUGUCCACCUCGUCCUUCUACGUCUCGCUGCCCGCCGGUGGCGCCACGCUGUCCGCCCUGUGCGCGCGCAACGCGCUGCCCGGCCAGGGCGCCAAGGCCUGCGCCGCUAUCGUCCGCAGCGGCGACGUGUACACCACCGUGUUCUUUGACGAGGCUGACGUCAUGGUGCCCGUGGCGCCCGGCAGCUCCUGCGCAGGCGGCGCCGCGCUGCCGCCGCCGCCCGCCGCGCCAACCUGCACCAGCCCCAAGCCCAUGGCCACCGCCUGCCUGGGCGUGCGCGCCGCGCGCUUCAACACGCUCUUCACCUCGUCCGUGUUCGACUUUGCGCUGGCGCCCGCUGCCGAUGCCGCGACCUGCGUGCCUGUGUCGGCCGCCGGCCGCCCCGCCACCGUGCGCGUGCUGCUCACGCCCAGCGCGGUGGACCAACUGGUCACGCGCAACCAGGUCCGCCCCACCGCCGGCCUCUCGCUGGACCGCAACAGUGGCGUGGCCUGGGCCCUGCCCUCCGCCAGCACCACUCCCGCAACCAGCCUGUCGUUCGCGGUGCAGGGCCCGCUGGGCGUGAGUGACGUGUGCCGCCAGGGCGUGUCGCCCGACCAGCCUGCCGGCAGCUGCGCGGCGGAGAUCAGCGGCGACGCCGGCUGCUUCCGCGGCUUUGUGGCUCCCAACGCGGACGGGCGGCUGGUGUGGGUCAGCGAGCAGACCAGCAGCAGCCGCGGCGUCAACCCCGCUGUGGUGGUGCCCGCGGUGGUGGUGCCUGUUGUGGUCCUGCUGCUGGCGCUGCUGGUGCUGGCCGCCUGGUACCGCCGCCGGCAACAGAAGUACUACCGCAAUGCCCAGGGCAUGCAGAACGGCUCGGUGGGCAGCUUCUCCGCCCACAGCGACGACCUCAGCCGGCCUCUGGCGGGCAGCCUCCGAGACGACCUGUCCCUGCCCUCGGCCAGCCCCAGUGAUGUGCUCAUCCGGGUGCCGGGCGCCAGCCAGGGCGGCGCAGGGCCGGCGGCAGGGUCCGGGACAGGGUGGCGGCGCUAAAGCUGCCACUCGUGCGGGAAGAGCGUGUGUGCCUUUGGGCCUACGGGCGCCGCUUGCUGUAUGCUCCGCCGCAUGUGCGUCGCCCGGGCGGCCGUGGGGGCGCGAUGCUGUCCUGGACUGAGGCGUGCUGACUCCAGUCUCCAACGAGAUCAAGACCGAGCCGGCGGGCGGACAACAGAGGAGACGUCAGCAUCCCGUCUGCUGGGCGUGCCGUGGGGGCGAGCGUGUAUGCGGCAGCAGCAGUGGUGGCGGCGGCGGCCUCAUACCUGGUGCUGCAGUGGCCAUGAGCGGGCGCGCCUGCGGCUUGUCUGCAUGGGCAGUAUGUGUGAGGUUGUUGGCGUGUAUGAGUGGCUGUGAGAGAGCUUGUGUGUUGUGACUGAUGUCGUAGCUUGACCGGUUGUUGGAUGUCCAGAUUGUGAAUGUACUGUGUCAGGACCUAGCGCGGUAGCUAACCGCGGAACAUAUUGCAGCGUGUGCGCGAUAGCGCAUUCUCUGAUAGCCAUGACGAGAUAGCUCCUGCGCGCCACGCACGUGCAGAGAAUGCCUAGUACCAUUCUAGCCGGCUAUAGAUUGAUACGUCCUAGCUGCAGGGUUGAGAUAACUCCCCUUGCGGAUUCACUCACCAUCAUUCACUUAGAAACCCUAGAUGCCAGGGCGCCCUUGAUUCAAGGUGCGCAUGCGGAACCUGCAGGAUGCUCGUGACACGGUGGUCGACCGCGGGUCUGCGGCUGCAAAGCCGCCUCGCUUGAUUGUAACAGACGCUGAGA